AGGCAAAUCAAACUCGCUGCAGCCAAGAAAAAGCUGAAGGAGUUUCAACAGAAGACAACCCCAUCCACAGCAAGUGCUGGACCAAAGAAGAAGAGGAAGGUUAAAGCAGGCGAUCAGCUGGACGCAGCUGCUGACAGAAACUCGCCGGACAAUGUGAGUCAGAUUGAGAAUAUUCUCAAAGUUAUGGUGUCUGAUCUUAGUCUGACUAAUGGAGAGUUUAUCAGCAACAGUCAGGAUGAUGUGGAUGCGGUGAGCUGGGUCUCGCAGGAGCUGGAGGAGACCAGCGCUGAACCCGUCUCUAACCCCGCUUCUGCUAUUAACUCUGAUAACGCUGGCAUGCAGAAGUACGCAGCAGAUGCAAACGGCGAUGAACAUCCUCUGGAAGAUAACAGGCCGCUGUCGUCCACCGAGAGCCUGAGACAGAUUUCCCAGCAGCUCAACGGACUGCUGUCUGAGUCAACAACAUACAUCAAUGGAGACAGCGGUCCGCCGACGGUCAACGAGAAGGAGCUGGAGACUCACAACCAGGAGCUGGCAGCGGCUCUGGACUCCAGCGCGCUCACGAACGCCCAGCUCACGUCCAAACUCGAGACGCUGACGAAGCAGUCUCAGGAGCUUUCUGAUCAACUACAGAAGGAGCGGAAAGAGUUUGAGCAGAAGUUCACUAAGGAGCAGGGAGCGAUACGUGAACAGCUACAGGUUCACAUUCAGACCAUCGGCAUCCUGGUGUCUGAGAAAUCAGAGCUACAGACGGCUCUGUCUUACACACAGCAGGCAGCGCGACACAAGACAGGUGUGUCAGAAGAGAGCUCGCGGCUGCAGGCCAGUAAACAGCGAGUGUCUGAGCUAGAGAGGACGCUAUCUACAGUCUCUACACAACAGAAGCAGUUUGAGAAGCAUAAUAAAGAGCUUGAGAAGGAGCGGGACAGUCUACGAUUGGAAGUCUUCCGGUUUAGUAAUGUGAGCGAGGAGUCCAGACAGCAGAGCUCAGAGCUGUCCGAGCAGCUCAAGCUGAGAGUAAACGAGAACAACGGCUUGAAGCAGGAGGUUGAUGAGCUCCGUAAGCGGCUGGAGAUGGCCGACGUCAUGCUGCAGCAGUUCUCCAGUCAGUCGGGUCCUCCGUCUGAUGGGCAGCAGGUUCAGCUCCUCCUGGAAGAGAAACACCAGUUAGAGGCUCACGCGGCUCAGCUGAUGGAGUCGGUGGCUCAGCUGCAGGUGGAGAGAGAUCAGUACUCUGGACAGAUACAGGAGGAGGGACGCUUGUGGAAGGACAAAACAGAACAGCUUCUGUCUCAGGUAAACACCUAUUAUAUUGCAAAAAAAAAAAAUGCAUGACAGGUUUGUCUUGUGUCCGCAGCUCUGAUGAGUAAAGAGCAGGAGCCGCAGGCCGUGUCACAGGCCUCAGGCCCUUCAGAAAGUGAACUGGCCCUUCAGGAAACCAUCAGCAGCCUUCAGGAGGAGAGAGACGCUCUCAGUCUGCAGUACCAAGCACAGGUGCGAGACAACGAGCAGCUGAGCCGACUGGUGCAGGAACGGGAAGUGAGGCUGGAAGAACUGGAGAGACACGCAGAACGCUCCGCUGAAGAGGCUCAGGAUCGACGCCAGAUUCUGGAGGACGUCCAGAGCGACAAGGCCACCAUCAGCAGAGCCCUGGCCCAGAACCGAGACCUCAAAGACCAGCUGGCCGAGCUGCAGAACGGCUUCGUCAAGCUGACCAAUGAGAACAUGGAGCUGACCAGCGCUCUGCAGUCCGAGCAGCACAUCAAGAAGGAGAUCGCUCGUAAGAUUGGUCAGCUGCAGGAAGAUCUGCACGGUGCCAAAGAACAGCUGCAGGAGAAGUGCGGAGAGCUGGCGUCUGCGCAGAAGCACAGGGAUCAGUGUCUGGCUCACCUGCAGCAGUACACGGCUGGAUACCAGCAGCUGGUGGCUGGCGGGGAAAGACUCUGUGGUGAUUGGAUAACAGUAUCAGUGAAGUUGUUGAGGUGUAAAUAUGAGAAAGUCACGCUCUCAGUGCUGCAUUACUGCCUCCUGCAGGAGAAACUGAACCAGCUGUCCAGAGACAACGAGGAGCUGAAGACGGAGGUGCAGGAGCUGCUAAACAACUCGUCCCUGAACACGUCACACAGAGACGACGGUGAUGGACUGGAGAGUCAUUCUCUCCCAGAGAGCUUCCAGAAGUCACACAUCGUCAUCCCAGAAGACUUCGAGAGCAGAGAAGAGAUGGAGGAGUUUAUUCACUCUGUCCUGUCGCGUCUGGAGGAGGAGCGAGAUGAGAUGAGCCGCCGCUUCGAGGAGGAGAGGAGACUUCAUCACGAGCAUCAUCAUCAUCCUCAUCCUCACAGCACAGGAGGCUCUGACGGGGUCCCGGUGGAGGUGCACGAGGCUCUGCGGGUGGCCAUGGAGAAACUCCAGGAGCGUUUCAUGGCACUCAUGCAGGAGAAGGUGGAUCUGAAGGAGCGGGUGGAGGAGCUGGAGCACCGCUGCAUUCAGCUGUCAGGAGAAACGGACACCAUCGGUGAAUACAUCGCGCUGUAUCAGAACCAGAGAGCCAUCAUGAAACAAAGACACUUUGAGAAGGAGCAGUACAUCAACAUGUUGGCUAAAGACAAGGAGGAGAUGAAGGCGAAGCUAGCGGAGCUGCAGGAUCUGGUCAUGCGUCUGGUGGGCGAGCGUAACGAAUGGUACAGCAGAUACACGAGUGCCGUCAGUAACCCCGGCCUCCUGUCCUCCGGAGGAGAACACCUUCAUCCUGCUGACGGAAACACGGACGGUUCCGCCGUUCUGGACCUGAGCACAGCGGUGGAGGCGUCUACAGCGCCUCAGUCCAGCACAGACCCACAGACUCAAUCCCAGAGUCCAGAGAGGCCUGGAUCCGCCCCCCUGAGACCCACAGAGGACGGCACGGCCCGCCAGAUCAUGCAGCUGCUGCAGGAGAUCCAGAAUCCUCAGGCCAGACCCGCUCCCUUCCUGGCAGAAAACCCCUGCAUCCCGUUCUUCUACCGGCCCGACGAGCACGACGAGGUCAAGAUCCUGGUGGUGUGACCGCGUCUGUCUCUCCGUCUCCGUUUGACAAUACGCACACACGUAUUAAAUGGGGUUUCCUCUUAGUUUCUCUGCUUUCUUCAGUGGAUAAGAGAAAUCCGAUGCAUUCGGAAGCUCUUUGGCUCCGUUUGGUUUGUGUGUAAACCAGUUCUGCUCUGUGUCUUUUCCCUGAUACAUUUGUCCUCUUUUACUUUAUCAAAUAAGUGCAAUAGACAGGUGACAGAUCAGUAUGAUUCAGAUCCAUGCCGGGUGGGAUAGUGAACUCGCACACUAACUAGGGUACAGCGAUGAGUAGCAUUGAUAUCAUAAAGCAGGUCUGGAUUAAGAUGAGUUUUCUGAGAGAAUCCGAUUAUGAAGCAUGUAGGGGCAGAGUAUCGAGAAGGUAAUGACAUGCAGAAACUGAAUCAGAACUAAAACAUAAAUUCAUAAAUUCACGCAUGCAUCACACUUUAGGUUAGAGCCGAGCCGAGAGUGUUCAGUGGACACAAACCGGGUUGUUUUUGCUUUUCCAAUUGGGAUUUAUUGAAAAAUGCAAUUAUAAUCUCUUCCCUACAAACACGCGAGCACCUUGUGUUUUUUCCAGAUGUCGAAGCUUUCGAGAUGUUGGCGAUUGUUUGCAGCUAACUCUAUGACGCUAGCGACCGUCAGCCGAGAGUUUUGAGUGUUGUUCGUAUGUAGAGUGAAUGAUCGAGCGUUUGUGAGAGCUGUACAUAUAUAUAUAUAUAUAUAUUAGAGAAAACGAUUUGUAAUAAUUCCUCUUACAUGAGCAAAGCUUGAACGGUGAGUUCAUCCAUAAACAUCCUCAGAUACAGAGAUAUGUUCAGCAGCGUUACGGGGGUUUGCAAUCGCUGGCAACACUUUCUGUGAAGAUAAAGCUCUUCUUCGUGUCUUGUAUGUUUGUGUAAAUAAUUAUAACCGCAGCUACACCUUUAAAGAGCGUUGUGCAUUGCAUAAGGCUGUUUUAGAUGCAUUAUGCUCUUUAGAAUUGUAUGCAUAGAUUUAUUUACAAAAACAUUCAGCCAGUUCUGAAGUAGAAUGCAUUGUGCAUGGCUCUCUAAUGCAUUAUAUUUACACAGGCUUCAUAGAAAGCGUUGCUUUAUCUAUUUACAGCUGAAGAAUUCAAGUGGACUCAUGUAUGUGGGUAUAACUGGAAGCAUGUCGAUUGAGUUUACAUCUGAAUACUGUGUUUGGGCUGCAGUACCAGAGUAUUUCACCCUGCUGUACUCUGAAGCAUCAUUGCACAUCAUCUCUAUCUGCGUUCAUGUAUGAAUAUAUUUUACAGUGAUUCUUUUGGGCGUGGGCUUUAAUCAGACGUUGAUUGUUUUGCUUGUUCAUGUAACAGACGUGUAAAUAGUGUAACUGUGUAUCAUACUGUAUAUUGACUGGAGGAAGGCUUGCGUUUGCCUGCUGAUGACUCGGAUGAAUCUAGUGCGAAGAGAGGACGGGAUGUUUGUGUGGUUUCAUACUGCGGCUGAACUAAAGGAGAAUUCUAUUUAUUUGGGAUAAUUACACACUAAUCUGUUUUAAUUCAGACUAAUGGAACACAAUGAAGGAAUAAUGCGUAGUUCAAGUGAUGAUUUGCCUCCUAAAUAAACCUGAUUGAGCAAAAUGAA